CCCAACAUACACCACCGCCUUUGUUUCUACCUUCCUUUCUUGCCUUUUUUUUAUUUUUUUUAUUUUUUUUUAAAAUAAAGGAUUUUCAAAGAGAAAAUCCAAAGUCCUUCUGUAUAUAUAAUUUUUUUCUUUUCUUUUUUUUAACAUCCUUAAAUCCUAUGGCACCAACAACUGCGUCUUUUGAUCAGGUUGGAUACUGGUCACCCAAUACAGCAUCUGUGGAUUGGUGUGAGAAUAAUUAUGUAGUCUCCUACUAUAUUGCAGAGUUUUGGAACACCAUUUCCAGUUUGUUCAUUAUUUUGUUGGGAGAAUUAGGUCUUUAUUUGUGCCCGACUAAAGAGAAACGAUUCAAGGUGACAUUCAGGACUAUCACUGUUGUAGGCAUUGGCUCAACUCUCUUUCAUGGAACCCUUCGUCACAAGAUGCAGCUUCUCGAUGAGUUACCUAUGAUCUAUGCUGCAACAGCUCUAGCGUUCAUUUGUAUCGAGAAUAAGCAUGGAGCUCAGGGACGCUGGCUUCCAAUCAGUCUUGCAACAUGGCUUUUUUUGACAACAAUCUUUGUCUCGAUUACUGGUGGCAAGAUCCAAUUCUAUACGUUUCAAGGAUCGUUUGGAAUCCUACAACUCAUUAUCAUUUACUAUGUCACAGUCCUUCAUCGUCAACAAAAGACUAUCAUUUCGAUUCGAGGUGGACAAAACGAUUCUUCUUGGCUGAUUACUCGGGCAAUAGGUGUUUAUUUUUUUGCAGUGACAAUCUGGUUGAUCGAUUUACACCUUUGUGAGUUCGUCAAUGGUGUGGGCCCUCAGUCAGUCCUCAAGUGGAACCCACAACUCCAUGCUUGGUGGCAUGUCUUUUCAAUCUCGGGUGUUUAUUUCUCAACCUUGUUAAUUGCUUUUCAACAUUAUGUCGCCAAGGGUUUGCAACCCUCGGUUUACUUUUGGAAAGGAUUUGCACCUGCUUUGACAUUGGAUCCACAUGCACAACAAAAGGCCGCAAAGCUUCAUUAAUCAAAUUUUAUAAAACUAAUACAAAAACAACCGUAUCAAUUGACAGAGUAAUAUGGAUAAAGACCUAAAAUAAUUAUGCUCAUUUCAAUGCUGGCAGCUUUAUUAUGGAUU